CUACUCACUCUCUGUGUUUCAUGUCUCACUCUCACAUGACCUUAGCAGCUGUAGAUACAUUUUUAAUGUCCACGGCCAUUCGAACUCCCACAUGGGUUUCAAGACGAAGAUUGUUUGAACAAAAGCUCGCGGAGCUUCAAAACUGCUCGAACCUCAGAGAACUGAAGCAAAUUCAAGCCCAAAUCUUCAAAGCCAAUCUCCAUCAAGAUCCUUUUGUGACCCCAAAACUUAUUACUGCGUUUUCUCGGUGUCGCCAAAUGGUAUUAGCAAUGAACGUAUUCAAUCAAAUUCAGGAACCAAAUAUAAUUGUUUACAAUACUCUCAUUAGAGCCUACACCCAAAACUCCCAGCCCUCUUUAGCCUUCUCCAUCUUCUUCGACAUGCAGAAGAGCGGCGUGAGCCCUGACAAUUUCACCUACCCGUUUCUUCUCAAGGCCUGUUCUGGCCAAUUUGCUUUUCGCCAAGUCCAGAUGAUCCAUUCUCUUAUUGAGAAAUUUGGCUUCUAUGCCGAUAUCUUCGUACCUAAUUCGCUGAUUGAUACUUACUCAAAGUGCGGGGCCUGCGGUGUGGCUUCUGCGAGGAUUUUGUUUGCAGCAAUGGAAGAUCGAGAUGUAGUUUCCUGGAACUCCAUGACUGCUGCGCUGGUAAGAUCCGGUGACAUGAGUGAAGCUCGCCGGCUAUUCGAUGAAAUGCCUAACAAAGAUACUGUCAGUUGGAAUACCGUCAUUGAUGGGUAUGUUAAGGCUGGAGAAAUGAACACUGCCUUCGAGUUGUUUGAGAACAUGCCUGAAAGAAAUGUGGUCUCUUGGUCCACAAUGAUAUCGGGUUACAGCAAAGCCGGGGACAUGGACAUGGCAAGGCUGUUGUUUGAUAAGAUGCCGGUCAAGAAUUUGGUUGCCUGGACUGUCAUAAUAUCUGGGUACGCUGCGAAAGGACUUGCUAAGGAGGCAUUUAGACUGUACAAUGAAAUGGAGAUUGCUGGAUUCAAGCCUGACGAUGGUACUUUAAUUAGUGUCUUGGCUGCUUGUGCUGAAUCUGGUUUGUAUAGUUUGGGUAAGAGGGUUCAUAUCUCUAUUGAGAGGAGUAGACUGAUAUGUAGUACUCAAGUGUGCAAUGCGUUGAUUGAUAUGUAUGCCAAAUGUGGGAACCUACGCAAAGCAUUUAGAGUUUUUGAAGGGAUGGUUGAAAGGGAUGUUGUGUCUUGGAAUGCUAUUAUCCAAGGACUGGCUAUGCAUGGGCUUAGUGGGAGAGCUCUCCAGGUCUUCUCCAGGAUGAAACAAGAAGGUUUUGUACCUGAUGGAGUCACCUUCAUUGGUGUGUUGUGUGCUUGUACCCAUGCAGGUUUUGUCGACCGGGGCCGACAUUACUUCUCUACAAUGGAGGAAGAUUAUGGUGUUGUUCCCCAAAUUGAGCAUUACGGUUGCAUGAUUGACCUUCUUGGACGUGGGGGUCAUUUGGAGGAAGCAUUUGAGUUUGUCAAGAACAUGCCUGUGGAGCCAAAUGCAAUCAUCUGGGGCACCCUUUUGGUUGCAUGCCGAAUGCAUAACAAUGUGGGACUUGCAGAAGAGGUAGUUGAACAUCUUGUAAAGUUUGCACCCUCAGAUGCAGGGAACUAUGCAGUCUUGUCUAAUAUAUAUGCAGCAGCAGGCCACUGGGGCGAUGUUGCUAAGGUGAGGUUGCAAAUGAAAAAUACAGGAUCCCGAAAGCCACCUGGAGCUAGUUAUAUUGAGGUGGAUGAUGAGGUUCAUGAAUUUACUGUGCAAGAUAGAUCACACCCUGAGGCAGAAAGGAUAUAUAAGAUGAUAGACAGAUUGGGUCAGCAUCUUAAGCAAGUGGGCUAUGUACCUAAGGAACAUUUCUAAAUUGUGACAUGAAAACCCAUUUGAUGGUGUCGAGUUGCGGAUCUAAAAUCAGAGCAGCAUUUCGAAGUAAAGCCUGCAGUGAACCUUGCCUACUGGAGGGCAGAGGAGAUGGGAGCAGUUAAAACAGAUACCUCUUUUUAUAACUGUACACGACCAAGG